ACUUAUUCACAAUGUGUGGUUUUGAACGUUGGGUAGGAAAAGUAGCAAUAGUUACUGGUGCUAGUUCGGGCAUUGGAGCAGAUAUUGCUAAAGAAUUAGUCAAAAAGGGAUUAAAGGUUGUGGGCCUUGCUAGAAGAAGCGAGAGAAUAACAGAACUGGCCGGAACUCUAACAAAUGAACCUGGUAAGCUAUACUCAGUAAAAUGUGACGUUUCAAAAGAAGAAGACGUCCUCAGUGCGUUUAAGUGGGUAAAGGAAAACGUGGGCUUAGUCCACAUUCUUAUUAACAACGCCGGCCUUAUUCAAGGCACAAACCUAAUCGAAGGAGAUGUCCAAAAAUGGAAAACAACUUUUGAUGUUAACGUACUUGGACUAUUGAUUUGUACCAGAGAAGCUGUCAAAGUAAUGAAAGAAUAUAAAAUCGAUGGGCAUAUUGUAAAUAUUAACAGUGUUGCCGGCCAUUAUCAUUAUUAUUCUCCAGCUUUAAAUGUUUAUCCAGCUACUAAGCAUGCUGUUACCAAUCUAACGGAAUCACUAAGAAAGGAGUUUAAUGCCAAUGAUCUAAAAAUUAAAGUUACUAGUGUAAGUCCCGGUGCAGUAGAGACGGAAAUCGGUGGCGAUACUCAAUGGACUCUAAAAAAUAUACCAAUUUUAAAUCCAGAAGAUAUUUCUGAAGGAAUUAUUUAUGCCCUUUCUACAAAACCACAUGUGCAGGUACAUGAACUUAUGAUUCGUCCUGUAGGGGAACAAUGGUAAAUAAUUUGAAGAAAAUGAUUAUUUUCGUAAUUUAUUAAAAUAACAUCAUAGUAUUUAUCAUAA